AUGUCAUUCGACAUGGAGAAAUCACGGUAUAAAAGGGGCAGUAAGGUCCCUGAUGGCCAAUCUCCCCUUUUAUCGACAACCAGGCCUCCGCCGGAUCGAUUUCUGCUUCUGAAGAGAAUGGCUUUCGUUGUGUUCUUUCUGGCCACGUGCCUAUACCUGUCCGCGCCGGUGUGGUCUGCCUCUAUCCGCGGUAGAGACAACGGGCCCGUUGUCAGUGUGAAGAAUGGCACUUAUUCAGGCGUUCACAGCGCAGAGUACAACCAGGACUUUUUCCUUGGGAUUCCAUACGCCAAGAUUCCAGAGCGUUUCCGCAUCGCCCAAGGCCUAGACUCAGCAUGGGACGGCAUCCAUACAGCCACACAGUACCCAAAGCAUUGCGUCGGCUACGGCUCUGACAUGAUCGGCUAUGAGUCCUCCGAGGACUGCCUGUAUCUCAACGUUGUUCGUCCAGCCGGGGUGACUCCGGACGCGCAGCUUCCAGUGGCUGUGUGGAUCCAUGGAGGCGGUCUGUACAUGGGCGGAUCGGCAGACAGGCGUUAUAACCUCUCCUUCAUUGUCGAAAACAGCGUCAAGCAGGGUACUCCCCUUGUCGCAGUCAGCCUCAACUAUCGCCUCUCUGUCUUUGGCUUCCCAGUUGGUAAGGAGGCCCUUAAUGCCGGCGCGACCAAUCUGGGCUUCAGAGAUCAGCGGCUGGCCCUACGUUGGGUCAAUGAGAAUAUUGCCAGCUUUGGCGGCGCUCCCAACAAGGUCGUCAUCUUUGGUGAGAGUUCAGGUGCUGAGAGUGUUGCUGGGCAAGUGCUGGCAUACAACGGACGUGACGACGGCCUGUUCAGAGGCGCGGCUGCUCAAUCUGGCUUCGGUGGCAUCAUCCCCCGCAUGGUCGGCGGCUUCAAUUCCACUGCCUAUGAGACCAGCUAUGACCUAUUCGUUGGCAACAUCUCCUCCUGCGCCUCCACUGUCGGCACCCAAGAAUCGAUAGAGUGCCUGCGCACUGCACCACUGGAGGAGUUCAAUGCCGUACUCAACACGACAGACAUGCCCCCCUUCAGCUUCAUUCCCGUCAGGGAUGGGGACUUCCUUGCAGACUUUGCGACAGCACAGCUCGAACGCGGGGACUUUGUCAAGGUUCCUGUUCUAAUCGGUUCUAACUCGGAUGAAGGGGCCGCUUUCGGACAGGGAAGAGGUCCGAAUGGCGGACCUAUCAACACGGAUGAGGACAUGGCGUUCGCCGUACGCAGCAUCAUGGCCCCCAACGUCGAGGAGACCACAGGCAAAAGCAUCGAGGAGCUUGUUGGAGAGGCCUUGGCGCUAUACCCCGAUGACCAGGCCGUCGGUAUCCCGAGCUUGCAGACAUGGCCACACAUUAUCCAGCCCAGCGAGGAGAUUGCCGUUGCUCGAGGUCUGCAGCAGAGACGCGGCGGGGCUUUCUUCGGAGACAUGUUUUUCGGCUUCUUGCGCCGCAGAGCCAACAUCAUAUGGUCCCAGAACGGCGUGCCGUCUUACGCAUACCGCUUCGACGUGACCGUGAACGGCAUACCAGAGUACAUUGGCGCAACUCACUUCCAGGAGGUCGCGUUUGUUUUCAACAACCUCAACGGGCUCGGCUAUGACACGAACCCCUUUGGAGGCAACAGCACGAGUUACACUGAGAAGGCUUCCGCGCUGUCAAAGACAAUGUCCACGGCGUGGAUCAACUUCUUUGUUUCCCUCGACCCAAAUGGCGCUCCGGGCCUGGGCGAGUGGCCCGUAUAUGCGACGGAUGCUGGUGCGGCCGGAAGCGACGUGGUGUUUGGCCUCAACGGCACAGUCGUGGAGACGGACGACUGGCGAGCGGAAGGUAUGAACUGGAUGAUUGAGCACGGGCUGGACAUUUUUGGAAACUAA